AUGGAUGGCGCUGAUAUAAAUCAAAGUGGUUCUUGCUCAGUCCCUGAUGUUUCUGAAACUUCAAAGCUUAUCAAAAUGAUAAUUCAAUUAUCAUAUAUUCUCCCAUUAACUUAUAUUUAUAUCAAAUUCCUGGUUACUGUAUCAAGAAAAAACUCAAUAUAUUCGGACACAUUUUUCACUCUGUAUAUUGUCGAUGGAGUUUCGGUAACUCGAUUUUUUUUAAAUUUUAUUGUUCUUGUGAAUCAAUUUCAGAGCAUUGGUUAUAUAAUUGUUGAAUUUUCAAUUAUCAGAAUGAUGAACUUUUUCACUUCGUAUUGUGAAUGGAUUAUAAGUAUUUUUUGCGUACCAACUUAUUUGUUGACACCUUAUUUUUAUUUAUAUUUGUUCUUCCAAUUUAUGAAAAUUAUUUCAACAGUUACACUUUGUGCGAAUAGAUUUACAAGUGUUUUUCGACCAGUUGCACAUAAUUAUGUAAGUUUAACGUUCAACAAUAGGAAACAUUUUGAGAGUAAUUAUUUGUUUAGAUUUGGAAGACGUAUCUUCGUCAUAUAAUAAUAACUCAAAUUAUUGUAUCAGCUCUUUUCUCAACUCCUACUUUAACCGGCCCAGCUUAUGCUUCGAUUUAUCAAAAUCAGCCAUACAUAAACUAUGUUCAUAACAUUCCGUACUUUCGAACAACUGUUUUCCGAUUGAUAAUUAUGAUUCCCUCAUUGAUUUUUAUUAUUGUAUCGAAUAUCAUAAUAAUCUCAAAACUCUCAAAAAUUUCAUCGAAUAUGAGAAAACUUGAAACUUCAAUGGUCUCUUCAACAAUUUUUAUAUCUUUUGGAUUCAUUCUUGUGUUGAUGUUAUCUGUUAUCAUUCUUGUCAUAUCAAUUGAUUUUGCAAAUCAACAUCCUGGGUUUUUCGAAGUUUUUGCGUUGUUCAACCAGAUUGCGAAUGAUUUCUACAUGAUUAGUGGUCCUGUGGUUUUGUUGAUUUUGGAUGAAAAUAUUCGAAAAUCAAUUCUCCGAUGUAGUUUGAAACCAAGAAGAGGUUCCAUAACACAAGUUCAUACAAUCACUGGCUAA